AUGCCCAAAAUUCUAAUUGAUGGUGGCAGCUCUGUGGAGAUAUUGUUUUACGAAACAUUCAAACAAAUGGACCUUAAAGACGAGUUCCUCAUACCAUCUACAUACAACAUAUUUGGCUUUAACGGGUCAUCUACUCGCCCAAGAGGGGAGAUAACACUGGAGAUCCGAGUGGGAAGAAUCCUUACCCUAACCACAUUCUGCGUGGUAGACGUGCUGUCACCCUACACAGCCAUUAUCGGACGAUCUUCGAUACAUGGAAUCAAAGGAGUGGCCUCCACUUAUCAUCAAAGGAUAAGAUUCCCAACACCUGACGGAGUGGCAGAAAUCAUUGGAGACUCUGGCGAGGCAAAGUACUGCUACAAGAUGGAUGUGCAAAACGGCGUGAACAAAAUGAAUUCCCCAAAGGCACAAGCAAGGAGAGCUAGAAGCAUCAAUAGCCCAAUCGAGACCCAUGACCACAUAGCAAUAAGCGAUGUACCAGCACACUCGCCUGGCACCCCAGCCUCGUGCAACACCGCAGCUUCGGAGCCGGUUGCACGACUCUUAUAG